CCUUACGUCGUUAUACCUUUAUUACUAUGUACAUAUGCCACUUUGACUGAAGUAUCUCUGAAAUGCUACUUCAGAUCUGGCUGGUCAAAAGUAGCAAUUUGAAAUAAAUGUGCUCUUCUCAUUGGUGAAAGUAAUUGGUCUACGCCGUCGAUUUCUGCCAUCUCACAAUUUCGUACCUAAGCUACAGUUUCCAAUAAAUUUGCACAGAUUGCACGUACCGUAUCAACGACAAAAGUUGCAGCUGUCAUUUGUAUUUUAACUCUUAAGCAGAGAACAAGCAGAUACUAAAGUCAUGUUAGAGCAUUUUGAGCGGGAGUACAGUGUGAACAAAAAAUAUUUGUACUGGUUAGGCGCGUGGCCGUACCAGAGUAAACUGUCAAGCAAUUUGAUUACGAUUUCCUGCUGGGUGUACGAAUUGUCUUACUAUCCGUUGCAGAUAUUAAUGUUAUACGAUUAUUGGAAUGAUCCGGAACUUGUUUUUGAAAUUUGCUAUCAAUUUGUUUCAUUAACCGGCUUUAUUGUAAAAAUGUUCAACCCGAUUUGGAACCGCGAAAAGUUGAAACGUAUAUGCAUCCUCAUGAACGAUCAUUGGAAUAUAUUUACGAGCAAAAUGGAAGUUCAAACUCUCAAAGAUUCUUCUAAUAUAUCGCGAAAAUUAACAGUUGGGUACACCACGUGGAUAAGUUUUCUCACAGUGUUUUAUGUGAUAACUCCGUUAACACCGGUUUUUCUCGAUAUAAUAGACCCGCUUAACGAAACACGUCCGCGAUUAUUUCCGGUAACUGCAAAUUUUAGAAUAGAUGAGGAGAAGUAUUAUGCGCAACUUUAUGUUUACAUUGUUAGUAUGAUUCUGAUUGGCGUGUCCAAUGCGAUUACUACUGAUUGUAUAUAUCUUGUCAGUAUCAUUCACGCUUGUAGUUUAUUUUCAACCAUUAGUCGGCAAUUAGAAGAAAUAGUAACAAAAUUUUCCGUCAAAAAAGAUACAAGGAGAAUUGAAUGUUGCAUACAGACGAAGUUGGAAUUUGAGAAUGAGCAAAUGAUAUACCAAGAAUAUAUUAAAUGCUUAAAAAAAUAUCAGCUUGCUUUAGAAUUUGUCGAUAUAUUGAAUUCAGCGUAUGAAAUGAUUUCAUUAUUUUUAUUACUAUUAUACGGCGCAACUGCAACUUUUAUUGCAAUACAAAUAUUAAAUAUAUUAGAUCGAUUCGAAGAUGUAUUAAGAUAUAUGUUUGAAGUCGUAGCAAUGUUGGUUCAACUCAUAAUCUUAUGUUAUUCUGGCCAAAAAUUAAGAGACGAAAGUCAGAAUGUAUUUCACCGAGCAUAUGCUGCCGAAUGGUACAAUUGCUCUCCGCGAUUAAAAUCUUUGUUAAUUAUAACUCUUUACAGAAGUUCUAUACCUUGUGGUUUGACAGCUGGCAACAUGAUGCCGUUGUCAAUAGAGACUUAUGGUUUUGUAGUACGGACGAUCUUAUCUUAUUUCAUGACAUUUUUAUCACUCAAAGAAGCUAUUUCUUAGUUAGUAAGUUACUACGUUAUAUUAAUUAGUAUAUUUUAUAAAUCAGUUUGUUAUAAAUAUUAGUGAUUCGUUACUGUUCGUAUUUAGUGUGAAGUUAACCGGUGUUGACCGAUAUUAAACACAAAAAUCAUCUUAAAAUUAACGCAGCACUUGCGUAAUUUAAGUCACAAUUGAAUUUUACACUUAAAAUUUUAAAUGCAAAGAAAAAAACGAAUAAUCAAUCAUAUAUUUUUAUAAACAUAAU